GGGCCUGCCUUUCAGGGCUGUGUCUGACUUUUGUAUUCGCCUUGUUUGGUGUAAGCGGUGCUGUCUCUGUCUGCCCGGCGGCUGAGCUUGAUUCCGGCGACGAGGGAGGACAAAGUCAAGAAGACGAUGCUGGGACUGUCGCUAUUGCUGGGCUGUAGCACCGGUUGGCUCCUAUAUUGGGCGCGCGUCCCCAAGCGGCCACUACUGGUGGCUUGUCAGCCUUUCCAGUCCUUCUUGGAGAAGUAUUGUCCCAUUGUGAAGGAGACAUUCUACCCUACACCAUGGUGUUUUGAGGGUCGACUUCAGACCAUUGUCCGUGUCUUUAUUAAAUCCUGCCCAUUUGUCUCCUACCGCAGUGAAUUGCUGCACACUGCAGAUGGAGGGCAGCUGUUCUUGGAUUGGGCUGAUCCUGAUGAUGAGACCCAUCCUGACCCAGAAAAUUGCCCCAUUGUCCUGUUUUUGCCUGGCUUGACAGGCAACAGCCAAGAGACAUACAUUCGGCAUUUGGUACGCAGCACUCAAAGCCACGGCUACAGGGCUGUUGUGUUUAAUAAUCGAGGUUGCAGAGGAGAAGAGCUGCUGGUAAGAACUGCACGGGCUUUCUGUGCCACCAAUACUGAGGACUUGGAACUGGUAGUGGGCCACAUCAAGCGCCGAUUCCCUUGUGCACCACUGAUGGCUGUUGGCAUUUCUCUUGGCGGGGUCCUGGUGCUCAACUAUCUGGGGCAAAAGGGACAGGAAGCUGGGCUGGUGGCUGCCAUGACUUGCUCAGUGACCUGGGACUCGUUUGAGACAACCCAUUCCCUUGAGCGGCCCCUCAACCAAUUCCUCUUCAACCAGUACCUCACAACCAACCUGUGCAAGUUGGUCAAACGGCAUAGGAAGGUCAUUGAAGGGAGAUUGGAUGUAGACCAUGUGCUGAAGGCUCGCAACAUCCGUGAAUUUGAUGAGCGCUAUACAUCUGUGGUCUUUGGUUACAAGUCAUGCCAGGAGUAUUACCAAGAAGCCAGUCCUUCCCAGAAGGUGUCACUACAAGUGCCAGUGUUGUGCCUGAAUGCUUCAGAUGACCCCUUCUCUCCUCAACAUGCUUUCCCCACAGAGACAGCACAGCACGUGCCUACCCUCGCCCUCUUAGUGACUGCACGAGGUGGUCAUAUUGGCUUCCUAGAAGGACUCCUACCUCGCCAUCAGGGUUACAUGGACCGUGUCUUUAGUCAGUUUGUGGAUGCUGUUUUCAAACAUCAGGAGGAGCUGGCAGCUGUAACAGUAGCCAUGGGAAGCCAACAGCCUGAACAGAACUUAAAUGCAAAGAUGAUCAGCACAUGAUCAAGAAUCAAACGUCCACCAUACGGGUGAAUAUGGCCUCCCUUAGAGAGACGAAACCCCUCUGAGGCAAAACUAAUUGCGCUACCAUGCACAACAUCCUUUCUGUUCUCCCAGGGUACCCAUUUCCUUUCCCAAAGGACUCCUAGUCAGAUUCUGCUGCUAUGAAUAGCAGCCACAGAUGAAGAUGCUGUAAUGAUGAUCAGCAGAAUACAGGAUUGGUUUUCCUAGCAUUUGGGCCUAUAGCUGUUUGUUCCAUAUAUGGAACCAGAUGUUUACUUGUUGUUUUAAUUCCUCCAUCCUGGAUUCUCUUGUAGAGAACAGUUUUGUGUGCUCUAUGAAAAUAUUGGGCUAAAAUUUAGGCAAACCACAGGUUACAGAGUGGGUUGUGACUCUGUGAACUAUACUUUUACCAGACACUUCAUCCUAGAGUUCCCUUCUCCAUUUUCAGUCUUAAUUUUCCCCAUCAGCAUUUGCUGCAGUUGGGAAGGUAACUUGUUAAAUACUUCAAUUCUACCUUCUAAAACUAUUUCUGUUUCUGCCUUGGGGAAGAGUUAAUCGUGUGUGGCCAUUUUCCUCCUCUGAAAAAUCUGCUACAGUACUUCCAUUGAAUGAAACCUGGACUAAUCUUUCCCAAGAGAAGACACCCUAGGAGAGGGGCCAUUAUUUUGGUUUUGAUAAAAAGUUCUCUUGGUCACACUUGAAUCCUGCAGCACAAUGGAAAUAGUUUGCCACUGCCCUCUUCUGGCAUAUUUUUCCAAUUUCCUCAUCUAGCUGCAACAAUUUCCUGGAGGGAUCUCAUCAGUGUCCUGACUAAAUCUGUCAAGACCAGCCAAUAUUACUUGCUGCCAUCUUCUACAAUAACUUUCAGUAUCUAGACCAAAUCAAUUCAUAUCUAGUAAAAGCACAUAUUUUUUUCCCAAUAAGAUGAAAAACUGGGCUAUUUCAUUAUUAUACAAUUGAAAAGAUGACACAACAGAAUGAAGUCAUAAAAGCUGGUCAUUUAGAAAAAAAUAAGAGAAGUUACUGCUUCCCCUACUUUCAGCUAGCAUGUUGGAGACUCAGGAAGGGGAAGAAGAGAAAAAAUAGUGCUACUAUAUCACAUACAAACUUAUUGCUCAAGUUCUCCCAAUCAGGAAAUAUGGCUGCAAGCAAGAAUGGUUAUAACACAGAUAUCUACGUAGAUUCAACUAUUACAUAUUGGGCCAA